AUGUCGUCCGACGGCAAAGCAGUCUCGGAAGACUCCUUCGAGUUCGUCGAAACGCCAGCGGCGCCGAGUCCUGCACCGGAGAAGAACGAUUAUGGCGUGCGGACGACUUCUUAUCCCGCCAUCAAAAACGCCCCCCUCCCCGCCGACGGCCCCGGCUCGGACACCUUCAACAACUUCCUCCUCUUCACCCUCCUCACCAUCAUCCCAGGCUACCUAACAUGGACAGUGCGAGGUGGUUUCUACACCUUCGUCCCCCUCGCCAUCCUCACCGCCAUCCCCAUCCUCAUGGCCUUCUGGACGAUCGCCUCCUCCAUGUCCCCGCGCAAAACAGAGAAGGCCCGGUAUGCUGGGGCGCCCAUCGAGCACUACCUCACCUUCAAGAGCGAGGCGGACAAGCGCAAGUACAGGGGCAAGAACAGGAUUCCGAUGGAGACAUUCCAUGAGAAGUACUUCGCUGGCGAAGUCGACUUCAACGGCGACGCAUUGGAAGCGCUAGAGUACAGACACGACUGGGCGAACUUCCGCUUCACGCUGUCGUUGUUCUGGUUCUUCCUCACAGGCAUGAUGCCCGAGGUGAUCAUGCACACGCGCAGCCAAGACGAAGAACAAGUGCGCGACCACUACGACCGCGGCGACGACUUCUACGGCUGGUUUCUCGGCCCACGCAUGAUCUACACCAGCGGCAUCAUCUCGGACAUCCAAAAAGAAGAGACGCUAGAGCAGCUCCAAGACAACAAACUCGGCAUCGUGUGCGAGAAGAUCGGCCUCAAAGCCGGCGAGCGCCUGCUCGACAUCGGCUGCGGCUGGGGCACCCUCGCCAAAUUCGCCAGCGUCAACUACGGCGCCCAAGCCACGGGAGUAACGCUCGGCCGCAACCAAACCGCCUGGGGCAACAGCGGGCUCCGCAAAGCCGGCAUCGGCGAAGAACAAAGCCGGAUCCUGUGCAUGGACUACCGCGACAUCCCAACCCCAGAAGGCGGGUGGAACAAAAUCACCUGUCUCGAAAUGGCGGAGCACGUCGGCGUGCGCUACUUCGGCACUUUCCUCAGCCAAGUCUAUGAGAUGCUGGACGAUGACGGGGUGUUCUUCCUGCAGAUCGCCGGGUUGCGGAAGUGCUGGCAGUAUGAGGAUUUGAUCUGGGGGUUGUUUAUGAACAAGUACAUCUUCCCCGGGGCGGACGCUUCGACGCCGUUGGGGUUCUUUGUCGACAAGUUGGAGGGUGCUGGGUUUGAGGUCAAGGCGAUUGAUACGAUUGGAGUCCACUACUCCGCGACGCUGUGGAGGUGGUAUCGCAACUGGAUGGCGAACAAGGACAAGAUUGUCGCCAAGUACGGGAAUAAGUGGUUCAGAAUCUGGGAGUUCUUCCUCGCCUACAGCACCAUCAUCUCGCGCCAGGGCAGCGCGACGUGCUACCAGAUCACGCUGGUCAAGAAUAUCAACUCGACACAUCGGGUCGAGGGGAUCGGCUCGCAGUUUCAGCUCAAGGGGGCGCUUGAGGCUAGUAAGGCGGCUGGGAAGGAUGCGUUUCCGGGGACGAAGUAG